AACCGGUCGACCCGAAUCGACCCGAAUCGACCCGAAAUCUGUCCCGCUCGGCCGCUUCCUCUCCAACCGCUUUGUAUUCCAUUUUAAGCCCCCGAGUCCCAGCGGCCGCAAACCGGCCUCCGGGAAUUAUUGCCACCGCCGGCGGCGAGGACAUUAGAAGUCGUCUGGACUAUAAAUUGCAUAUCUUAGAGUAACGAUUUAAGCAAAAUAGAUUACAUAGGAAGAUCUGUCUUCCAAGCAUGACCAUCUCGGACGAUGAGGACGAUCUCUUGGCCCAUUUCCUCGAGUCAGAGGUUCUCUCCGAAGUAUCAGAUCAGGAAGAGGCGGAGGAGACAGAGAUUGAAGAGAAGGAGGAGGUGGAGCCUAAAGCGAAAAGAGUUCGUUCAAAUGAAAUUGAGAGGUCGAAGGAGAAGGAGAAGGAGAAGGAGAAAGAGAAAGGGAAAGGGAAAGGGAAAGAGAAGUAUAGUACCAAGCCAAGGAGGAUAGAAAGUGGGAUUUUGAGCAAAAUCCCCCCUGAACUCUUCCCCCAUAUCCUCAAAUUUCUUUCUUCUGAGGAUCUUAUGGCGUGCUCUCUGACAUGUAAAUUUCUCAAUUAUGCAGCAUCUGAUGAGUCCUUGUGGCGUCGCCUGUACUGUAUGCGAUGGGGUCUACUGCCCCCUUUCAAGAAGUUAUGUGAUUGUGUUUGGAAGAACCUCUAUAUACAGCGUGACGAAGAGGACAUGGUUAGGCUUGUUAGGAACUGCCCUCCUGAGUUUAAAGAGUACUACAUGCAAAUGCAUGCAGCAAAGAGAAGUCAAGCUCCUCUUCCAUCUCAGGUGAAAGAUGAUCAGAUAAUUCUUGAUAAGACGCUUGCUGAUCAGGUGUCUAUAUGGAAGAAAAGCAAAGGCCUGACUGAUAACGUGGUCACUGACCAUGCUUGUUCUGGAGAUAAGUGUUCUUACCACCAAAUUGGGGAUGUUUUUGUCUGUGAGAAGACUGGAAAUGUUCAUGUGUGCGAUGAAACAUGCAGAGAAGUUGUUAUAAACCCUGUAAAUGAGCUUUUGGUGUGCACAAUUUCUGGGCUUUGUUUUGAUAGACUUCUGUCACCGUAUGAAAUGGAACCAUACCCGGCGGAGGGCGCAGCAACAGAGGAAGCAGAGCCUUUUAUGGGAUCUGGUCGUUUUGCACGAGCUUACUCGUUGGGAUAUAAUUGCGAUGAUGAGAAGGAGCUAGAAGCUUGUUUGAGGUUUUGCUGAUCCAAAUCUUGCCCUGCAUAAUUUGGAUGCAUAGAAUAUCAAAGAUGUCGUAACUUUGCCAUAUAUAGUAAUUCUAAGUUGAUUAAGUUUACAAUUGCACUGUUUGUACGAACUGAGCAGCAGUUGGGCACUCUUUUUUACUGUAGUUAUGUAAAUUAUAGGGUAGUUUGCAUGCCCAAUAAACUUCGAGCUGAGUGAAAUACGAGGCAUUUUGAUUUGCGGUUA